AUGCAGCCUCCUCAAAAUUUGAAGGAAACUCAGAAGCUGGUUGGCAGAAUAACAGCACUGUCAAGAUUCAUUUCCAGGUCUACAGACCGGGCUGCUCCUUUCUUUAAAGUGCUCAGGAAGGCUUCCAAAUUCCAGUGGGAUGAAGAGUGUACCCGAGCUUUUGAGGAGUUGAAGAAGUACUUGGAGGCUUUGCCAUCUUUAUUUAAGCCAGUUGUUGGGGUACCCUUAUGGGUCUACUUAUCUGCCACCCCUGAGGCCGUAAGGGCUGUGCUUGUUAAGGAACAUGACAAUGUACAACGACCAGUGUAUUUCUUCAGUCAUCUAUUGAAAGGAGCCGAGACUCGAUACACGACCCUCGAGAAGUUGGUUUAUGGAUUGCACUAUGGGGAGAGAACUCUAACUAAUGUAGAAGUACCAGGGCGGCUUAUCAAAUGGGCGACUGAGCUGGGGGAAUAUGAUAUACAAUAUCAGCCGCGCACAACCAUUAAGGCGCAGGCCUUAGCAGAUUUCUUAACAGAAAUUCAUCAGACCAACUCUGAAGAAACCUGGAAGGUCUAUGUGGACGGGUCGGCUAAUCACCAAGGAAGCGGGGUCGGGAUCUUAUUAAUAUCUCCUCAAGGAGAUAUACUCCAAUUGGCGGUUCGAUUGAAUUUUCGAGCCACCAACAAUGAGGCAGAAUACGAGGCUUUGUUGGCAGGACUGCAAGCAGCCCGGCACGUAGGGGCAACCCGGAUAAUCGUUUAUUCAGAUUCCCAGCUAGUAACUCAGCAAGUGACUGACAACUUUAUGAUAAAUUGUGAUAAACUACAAGUAUAUCGGGAAGCUUAUGAGAAGAUGAAAGGGGAAUUUGCAGAGGUCACAGUAACCAAAAUCCCCAGGUCGGAAAAUGAGAAGGCAGAUGAGCUAGCAAAGAUGGGUAUCUUACCAACCGGCCCAGAAGAAUCACAGCUGGUCAGGAAGCAAGCCUAUGCUUAUGUCAUGAUCGGGGAUCAGCUCUACAAGAGGUCCUUCUCUAGACCCUUACUCAAAUGCUUGGGCAUGGAGGAAGCCGACCAGGCCUUGUGA